AUGGUUCUACACCGCCAACAAGCUCAGUUCGACCGGUCAAGAUGGCGCAUGGCGCUGCUUGUGCCUCUUUGGAUCCUUCAGUUGCUAGUCUUCCUCGUCGUCAUCGCUCUCUUCUCUUGGCGCCUAUCGGAUACUCUUAGGAACUGGGAAACCGAGGAGGAAACAAAAGGGAUGUUUCCCAUGGUAGAGGUCGUUUGGGAAUCUGUCAACAUCGCCUUUUCCCUCGUCUGCCUAUUUUCCACGUUUUACGAAAUCUCAAAGCUCGCCGCCGAAACCCUGACGCCAUGGACCAUGCUUUUUACCCACAUUUUGAAGAUCGUCUGCUCCCUGGCCGUUUUGGCCCUCGAUGUUGUGGUAUUCGUGCAGAGAAAGGACAGCCACUACUCAGUUGUUGGUCUCGGCUUGGAUUGUUUUCUUCUAAUUCUCGUCGCCAUACCAGGCGUUUACUCGAUCCAGACGUAUCGCCGACUCGUCAAGUACGACGACUACCAUUACCCCGUAAACCACAAGCCCUACGGCUUCAACGACCUCGAAGGCGAGACCUCCUACAAUGGUCGUCUUUCCAUCGGCGGCCUUAGCCUUGCAGACCGUUCCCUCCGCCGGAUAUCCACAUCCUCAACAAAGUCAUCGCUUCAGAAGCAAGAAACACAACAGACGGCACAGCAACAGCAACAGCAGGAAUCCGAAGCAACAUCCCUACAGCGCAGACCCUCGCAGUAUAACAACGAAAGAGACACGCAGUUCGAUAGGUAUAUGGUCGAACGCGCCAUGAGUAAUGAGUUUGGGUGGGCGAACAACAGCAGCCCCGGCGCGGAUCCCCUUGGCCGAAGCGACAGCUAUGUCGGCAGCGGAUCCAUGUCAAACGGAAAGGUCGUUACGAGGGAGAGCAUGGGACGCGCGCCGAGCUGGGGCAGCUCGCACGUCCUCGUCGCCGUGCCAGAGAUGGACGAGGAGGAGGCGGUGCAUGGUCGUGGGGGAGAUAGGCAGGCGCUUCUUGGACAUCGGAGGCAGGACAGCGACGAUAGUGUUGUCGGACCCAGCAGCCCACCAAUCUUGUCGGCUAUGCCGCCGCCGCCGAGGAUCGAGAUUGAGGAGUCGGAUAUUGUUGGCGGCGGUGCUGGAGACAACACUUGGGAGCGGAAGCGCAAGAGGAGCCAGUGA